AUUAACGGCGACAAAUUCAAUUUUUCCUUAAUUAAUAACUCAGCUCAGUGCUUAGAGUGGCGCGACAAUAUUAUUAGUUAAUGUGGCGAUCAAAGCUUCCGCGUGUGUUUAAAGAUCGUCAAGUAACUCUCCUAAUUGUAGAAAUUUAUAAUUACACUUCUGCACACUAGUUUACGUCAGUUCGAUUAAGAUAAUGUGAAUAGGUUCAAUCGAAAAGGAUUUUUUUCCAAAAAUGACACUCCGGUAGCACAGGUUUGAAUUUGUGGCUUUAAACUUAAAAUAAUGGGAGAUGGGACCGACGAGCAGCCUUUUGUGUCCGACAAAAUGUCCGGUUACGAAACAAACCUUUACCUGUAUUCGGAGGAAAUGGAAGAUCGACCAAGAAUCUCGACGUUCAUCAGCUCCCUCGCCAACUAUUCUAACACCAUCCCUCCGGCAUCAUCAGAUCCCGACGCGCGUCCAGCCGCAGGAGGCGCUCGUAUGGGUACACUCAUCGGAGUGUAUCUACCAUGCAUUCAAAACAUUUUUGGCGUAAUUUUAUUUAUUCGGUUAACAUGGGUGGUGGGUACUGCUGGGGCAAUUCAAGGAUUUCUCAUCGUUUUUAUUUGCUGUUGCGUAACGAUGUUAACAGCCAUUUCCAUGUCCGCUAUUGCCACCAAUGGUGUUGUACCUGGAGGAGGAAGUUACUUUAUGAUAUCGCGAUCGUUAGGACCAGAAUUUGGAGGCGCAGUCGGAAUGUUAUUUUAUACGGGCACGACAUUGGCCGCUGCCAUGUAUAUUGUAGGAGCAGUGGAAAUUGUUUUGACCUAUAUGGCACCUAGUUUGUCGAUAUUUGGAGACCCCAGUGAAGAUGUGAAUAUUAUGUAUAAUAAUUUUCGUGUUUAUGGUACGGGACUCCUCCUUGUAAUGGGCAUUAUUGUAUUUAUUGGUGUCAAAUUUGUCAACAAGUUUGCAACUGUUGCUCUAGCGUGUGUGAUUCUUUCAAUUUUGGCUGUGUACGUCGGCAUAUUUGUCAACUUUAACGGAAAUGAUAAUCUCUUUAUAUGCGUUUUGGGCAAUCGACUACUUAAAAACGUUACGAGAGAAGAAUGCAACAAAACGGAAGGCGGUGUCCUAUUUAAACAAUUAUGCGGCGAAGACGCAAAAACCUUCAAAGACUGUAAAAAUGAUUAUUUUCUAAAUCAUAACGUAACAUCGGAACGUGGAAUCAAGGGGUUGUCAUCGGAAGCUUUUCUAAAUAAUAUUCAUUCGAGUUUUUUGCAAGUCGGUCAAUACAUUUCAAGAGGCAAUCGUGCACAAGAUACCGACCAAUUAGAUCCCGAAACAUAUAAUCAAGUUUUAGCAGAUAUUACCACAGCGUUCACCAUUCUCAUCGGAAUUUUUUUCCCAUCCGUAACUGGCAUUAUGGCCGGAUCCAAUCGAUCGGGCGAUCUGGCCGAUGCUCAAAAAUCCAUACCAAUCGGAACUAUUUGCGCAAUUUUAACAACCUCGACCGUGUAUUUGUCAGCAGUAUUACUUUUUGCCGGAACCGUCGACAACUUAUUAUUACGCGAUAAGUUUGGUGUAUCCAUUGGAGGAAAAUUAGUUGUGGCCAACAUAGCGUGGCCUAAUCAGUGGGUAAUUUUGAUAGGGUCAUUUUUAUCGACGUUAGGUGCCGGUCUACAGUCCCUAACGGGGGCUCCGAGGUUACUACAAGCAAUCGCGAAGGACGGUAUAAUACCAUUUUUAAACCCAUUCGCCGUAUCCUCGAGUCGAGGAGAACCCACAAGAGCUUUAGUGCUAACUUUGUUAAUAUGCCAAUGUGGUAUAUUGUUAGGAAAUGUAGACUACCUUGCACCGUUGUUAUCCAUGUUCUUCCUCAUGUGUUAUGGUUUUGUCAAUUUAGCGUGUGCCCUUCAAACGUUACUAAGAACACCAAACUGGCGGCCAAGAUUUAAAUAUUAUCACUGGUCACUAUCAGUAAUUGGUUUAUCACUUUGUAUAGCAGUUAUGUUCAUGACAUCCUGGUAUUAUGCCCUUGUUGCGAUGGGCAUGGCCGGAUGUAUCUAUAAGUACAUCGAAUACAUGGGUGCUGAAAAGGAAUGGGGUGAUGGGAUUAGUGGGCUUGCUCUAUCAGCUGCACGAUACUCCUUACUUCGUCUGGAAGACGGGCCACCUCACACCAAAAAUUGGCGCCCACAAAUCCUUAUAUUGGCAAAGCUGACGGACGAUUUGGUUCCAAAAUAUCGGAAAUUGUUUGCGUUUGCCGCUCAAUUGAAAGCUGGGAAAGGUUUAACCGUGUGCGUAUCGGUGGUAAGCGGAGAUUACACACGGUCGUACGGCGAAGCGAUGGCCGCAAAGCAGAAUUUGGCGAAAAUCAUGGACGAAGAGCGUGUUAAAGGUUUUGUGGAUAUAUUAGUCGCCAGAAACAUUAUUGAGGGGAUUUCUCAUCUGGUUCAAACGACUGGCUUGGGUGGGUUAAAACCGAACACCGUUAUACUCGGUUGGCCCUACGGGUGGCGACAGUCUGAAGACGAUCGAACAUGGCAAGUAUUUUUACAAACUGUUCGUAAUGUGUCCGGAGCACGUAUGGCGCUUUUGGUUCCGAAAGGCAUAAACUUCUUUCCUGAUUCAUCAGAGAAAGUUGUUGGCAAUAUUGACAUUUGGUGGAUUGUACACGAUGGUGGUUUGCUAAUGUUACUACCGUUUCUAUUGAAACAGCAUCGCACAUGGAAAAACUGUAAAAUGCGCAUAUUUACAGUCGCUCAAAUGGAAGAUAACUCUAUCCAAAUGAAGAAAGACUUGAAAACGUUUUUAUACCAUUUACGAAUUGAUGGGGAGGUCGAAGUUGUUGAAAUGAUGGAUAGUGAUAUUUCCGCCUACACUUACGAACGCACCUUAAUGAUGGAACAACGUAAUCAGAUGUUACGCGAACUGCGAUUGAACAAAAAAGAAAGCUUGGGCGUGGUAGAGACUUUAGUGGAUUUCCAUCAAGUAACAUCAGAAGACAAAGAACCUCUGGUACAAUCCAUUGUUGAUCAUCACCAUCAAAAUAUGGACCCAAGAACGACUAAAGUUCGGUUUCAGGAACCGAGUGCGGACGGCGAGACCAACAACAUGAUAGAAAGCAAGUUUGAAUCCGAACCUUCGAACGAGUUAAAUUUGCCCGAUGGAAAUGAAUAUGACCAUUUGGACGACAAGGAAAAAGAAGAUGUCUCCGAGAAGGAAACCGUGUACGAUACCAAAGAACAAGCCGCUACUGAGACAUCUAACAAAUCUGUCACGCCAGACGAAGCCAACAUUCGCAGAAUGCACACGGCGGUCAAACUUAACGAAGUUAUAGUUAAUCGCUCCCACGAUGCUCAACUAGUCAUUAUUAAUCUUCCGGGGCCACCAAAAGACACCAAACUUGAACGGGAAUCGAAUUAUAUGGAAUUUUUAGAAGUUCUCACAGAAGGCUUAGAACGUGUACUUAUGGUUCGUGGAGGGGGUCAAGAAGUAAUAACGAUCUAUUCGUAAAGUGCGUGUAUAAGUAAGCAGAGGAGUAGUUGAACUUUAUAGUCUUUUAUUGGCUGAUCAGUAUUUUUAUUAUAUAGUUAGGUGAUCACUAAAAGUGAUUACGCCAAAGAGAAAUUUAUUUAUUCUUCUUAAUGUUAUAGUUUAUAUGAUAAGGCUGUAAGCGAUUUCAACGUUUGACUGUGAAUGAAGAAGCACAGAUAGUCAGUGAGUCGCCCAUGCCUGUGUGAUUCUAUCCUAUAUAUAAAUAUAAUACUGUGUCAAAUCAAAAUAAAUAACUCUGCAAGUGCUCAGUUUUUUCUACAUAUAUACGUGCAUUAAACCUGACUAUGUGGGUUAUGCCGUUCUUAUAAAUGCAUGCAGUGUUAUGGUAGGAGAUAGACUAAGAAAUGUUGUAGAUUAGAUGUUACAUCAAUAAAGUGUAUUCAUGUAGUUCUGUUUCAGAUCAUAUUAUAUUAUUAAAUGUUCUAUAUCUAGUUAUUUUACAUAUGACUUGAUAUUCAAAUGUGUAAUUUUUUAUGAAAUCAACAUCAAACAAAUUAAUGUACGAUCAAAUCGAAAUUAUAUCUAUAGCUAAUAAAAUACUUAAUAAUAUGUAAUACUUAACUUAAGUACAUAAAUGAGCAAUAUUAAUUACACAUAUUUGUAUUAAAUGUCAAAUUAUACGAAGUGAUAGAAAUAUUCUGAUGUACAAUCUAAUAGGAAUUCCGCUGAAAGCGGGCUCUCCGUGCUGUGACAGUGCUUUCUUGCAUUCAGUUCUGUUGCAUGCCAGAUGAAUCGACUGACUCACUGUCCAUUGUACGGCCUGCGUAUAGAGAUAGUGUUCUAGUGAUCUCAUCUAGCCUUAAAGGUACCUUGAAAUAUUAAAUCCUAUUUAUUGAUAUCUGUGUAUCUAUAUAAUGUUAGCAAAUACCAGAUUACGUCAUUAUACAUCAACUACUUAUGACUGUUGGUGCCUGUUGUUAUGAUGGAAAUCUGUUGUAUCUGCGCGAGUGCCUCCUAUUACUAGGAGUAGUUUAUUCUUUUAUUCAUA